AUGUGUUUAUCUAUUGAAAGUGAAAAUUUCGGACAUGUCGAUUAUAUUAUAGUUGGUUCCGGAUCAGGAGGAUCAGUUUUAGCCAAUAAAUUAUCAAAGAAUCCUUCUAUAAAGGUUUUAGUUUUAGAAGCUGGAGAACCACCCCCUUUAGGUUCAGAAGUUCCCUUUAUUCAUCUUUCCCUUCUUUCUACAAAAUUCAAUUGGAAUUUUAGUUCUGUGCCCGAUCAUAGAAUUGCUCAUGUAUUGAAAGAUAGAAAAUUCGGUGUAAGUUCGGGUAAAGUUUUGGGUGGAACGUCUAUGUUAAAUCAUAAUCUAUUUCUACGUGGAAAUAAAUACGAUUACGACGAUUGGGCCAAAAAUGGAGCAACAGGAUGGGAUUGGAAUAGCGUAUUUCCAUAUUUUCUUCGAAUAGAAAAUAAUCGAAAUCCUGGAAUUGUUGCUAAUGGUUACCAUGGAGUUGGUGGAGCGUUGUAUGUUCAGUUUCCUUCUUUUCAUACACCAAUAACACAAGGUUAUAUAGAAGCAGCUGAAGCUACUGGAUAUCCUUUUGGCGACGUUAAUGCUUUACCUCAAACUGUUUUUCUAACACCCCAAGGGACAUUUAAAGAUGGGAGAAGAUGGACAACUUUACGUGGUUAUUUGGAACCUGUAAUGGGGAGAAGAAAUCUUCGAAUUGUUACGUCUUCUCUUGUUACUAAAAUACGAAUUAAUAAAGAUAAACGUGCAUACGGUGUCAUUUUUGAAAAUAAUGGAAAUAUUUAUAAAGUCUUCGCUAAUCAAGAAGUGAUUGUUUGCGCUGGAACAUUUAAUUCUCCAAAAUUAUUACAAUUAUCAGGUAUCGGGAGAAAGAAACUUCUGAAAAAAUUUAAUAUACCUAUAAUAUCAGAUCUUCCUGUGGGAGAAAAUUUAUUAAAUCACGUAUCAACCGCUGGUCUUCAAUUCAGUGUCGACACUUACACAUUCAACGAGAAACGUAUAACUAAAGAUAAUUUUAUUGAAUUCGCAAUCAACGGAACAGGUCCAUUAUCGUCUCCGGGUGGUGUAGAAGCAGUCGGUUAUGUAAAUUCAAAGUACAACGAAAACUUAAAUUGGCCAGAUCUUGAAAUUUAUUUGGUUUCAAGAACUCCUUCUUCAGAUUCAACAAUAAGAAAACUUUCAGGAGUUAUUAAAAAGUUGGAGAAAAUUUACGAACAGUUUCAAUCUUUAGACACUUAUAUGUGUCUGCCUGUUCCUAGUCGUUCAAAAAGUCAAGGAAAAGUAUUUAUAAGAUCAACAAAUCCACACGAUAAACCAGUAAUAGAUCUGAACUAUUAUUCGAAUCCAUAUGAUUUAAAGCUUAUGGUAGAAGGUCUUAAGUUUUGUUUGAAGAUGGCAUCAACAAAGGCAUUAAAAAGAUUCGGUAGCAAACCUCUUUCUUAUACUAUGCCAGGAUGCGAACAAUAUGAAAAAUUUAGUGAAAAGUAUUUAGAAUGCAUGGCAAUUGUAUUUCCUUUUCAUUUGCAUCAUUUUGCUGGAACGUGCAAGAUGGGUGCAUUGAAAGAUCCUACAACGGUAGUUGAUCCAUUUCUCAAAGUUAAAGGCGUACAUAGAUUAAGGGUGGUCGAUGCCUCCGUUAUACCUUCUGAAAUAGGAGGACAUACCAACAUUCCUGAUGAAUCUGCAAUAAUACUUAGUUCUUUUAAUCGAAGCUUAGUGGAGAAAUACGGAAUGAAAGUAGAUGAUGUUCUCAUGUUAUAUCGAAAUAAUACCAGCGAGUUAAUUCUAACAAACGAAAACAACGAAUUGGUAAAGUGUUACUCUCUUGAUCUAGAAAAUUUUAUUCAAAGACGUUUUAAACAGAAAUUUUAUGAUUCUGUUAAAAUUCUAGGUAGUUAUAAAGUUGCAGAUGUUUUAAUAAAUUUCAAUCUGGUGGAUUUAGUAUAUCCUUAUCGACCCGGAAUUAAAAUGGCUGUUCAUUCGAAAGAUAAGUUGAUAAACCCAUUUAUCGAUGGAUUUCUAGUGAUACCAGGAAGAAAAUAUAUUGUACAAUUAAAACCUAGGAAAAAUAUUUUGCUUAAGCAUCCUUUCAAUACGAAUUGUACGGAUUACAACGUAAGAAAGGAUUCGCCAUUUAAUGAAACAUAUAAUCAAGAUGUGACCACCGUAACUGGAUCAACCCCUUUACCUAUUCCCUCAGGUAUAGAAUAA